AAAAGCCCCAGUGUAGCGGAGACAGGCAAUAUCACAUUCAUACUGUACACCCACACCCACCCAUACUCACUCACACACACACACACACACACAUUCUCUGGUUACCAUCUAAAACAGCCUCUCUCUCACACUCACACACACACACACACACACACACACACACUCAGAGGCACUGAAGCAGCUGAGAUCUGACGGAGUGUGUAUUUGCACCUGAGUCUGCCCAGGGGUCUGUGUGUGUCUGUCUACGGGAAGAGAUGUUUUGUGCGAGUGUGUGUGCGUGUGUGUGUGUUCUGCUGGCCGUGAGCAGUGGUCAGCUUCCUGAGGACCACUACCAGGUUAUCGUGGAUCAGCACAACCUCCGCCGGACACAAGUCGAGCCCAGCGCCGCCUACAUGAGGACUAUGAGCUGGGAUGAGCGACUGAGGAUCGUGGCGGAGGGCUAUGCAGCGAAGUGUCGGUGGGACCACAACCCUGACCUGGAGGACCUGGGAGAGAACUUGUACAUCACCAACGGCCCCUUGGACCCGGCAGAGGCCAUCGAGAAAUGGUUCAAUGAGCUCGAGCACUACAACUACACCAGCAAUGAGUGUGCAGAGGGAGAAAUGUGCGGCCACUACACACAGGUGGUAUGGGCAGACAGCUAUAAGGUGGGGUGUGCGGCCCAUCUGUGUGUGGAGAUCGAGGGCCUGCCCUUUGGAAACGCCACCAUCCUCGUCUGUAACUACUACCCUGCGGGGAACUAUGAGGGGGAGAAGCCGUACGAUGAGGGAGACGUGUGCUCCAAGUGUCCUGAAGACAUGCCGCGCUGCAUGGACACGCUCUGUGGCCCCGAGGAGCAGGAGCUGCCCUCUGAGGAGCCCGACCUGACGGAGAGCUGGGCCACACACUUGACCCCCUCCCCCGACGCUCCCGGAACUGCCCCCCCACUGCCCCCGCACGCCACCCCAGCGGACAACGGCCCCCCGGAGCUCAUCCCCAGCUCCAGCUCCAGCCCCGGCGCUGCAGGAGAGGGGGCCGCAGGUCAGGAGGAGGCCGGGCCGGAGGGCACGUCUGUGGGGCAGGAGGGGGCCGGGGGCAGCCCCGGGCUGGAGGAGAUCGGCCGCAGCCUGGACGAGGCGCUGAUGACCCUGGAGGUGCUGCUGGACACCCAGACGUCCAGGAGCCGCGUGAUGGUGAAGUCCCGCGACAACAAGAGCGACAACAAGGCCGUGCAGGCCAGCGGGGCGGAGCAGGGGGCGUGGUCAGGGACGCUGCUUCUGAUUGGUCUGGCUCUGUGCCUGGUAGCUUAAGAGCGCUGGGAUUUGAUUGGAUGUGAUGGUACCACAGGACAGGAUGUGGAAGGGGCAGG